CCGGCGCCACUGAAAUUAAAAGCCUGUUUCAUCCGUUCUAGCACUCCUUGCAUUUGUGAUAAUUCUUUAAAGAAAUGACCGUUUUCUGCCAAUACAUUAACAGCAAAGCCGGAGAUUUAAUACUUCAUCCGUAACUCGGUACAUUUUGACCCACUCCACCAGUUACCAGGUUAUUACUGCGAUACGCUAACGCAAAGAUGGCGGAAGACGAGAAGAGUGGUGAGCCAGCGAAAGACAAAAACGAACUGCAAAUUUUCAAGGAGCUUGUGGAUGAACUGUAUAAUUUCAGAGAUUGCUAUUUUGAGACUCACAGUGUGGAAGAAGCUGGAAGGAAACAAAGUGAUGUCGCACAGGAAACAGAGAAGACCCUAAAGAAGCUGGAGGAGAAAGAAGGUCUUUAUAAACACAAAGCAGAGUUUCUGCUGCAGAAAGGCAGGUGUCUAAACGCAACUCCAGACUUCAGUGCUGUAGCAGAAGAGUGCCUUUCCCGGGCUGUGAAGCUGGAGCCUGGCCUGGUCGAGGGCUGGAACACACUGGGGGAGCAGUACUGGAAAAAAGGAGACCUGACCGGUGCCAAGAACUGCUUCACUGGAGCCUUGCAGCAGAGCAAGAACAAAGUGUCUCUCCGUAACCUGUCCAUGGUGCUGAGGCAGCUGCCAGCGGCAGACAGCGACGCACAUGGCAAACAGGUGCUGGAGAGCGUGGACAUGGCCCGACAAGCUGUCCAGCUGGAUGUCACAGACGGGACGUCCUGGUAUAUCCUGGGAAAUGCCUAUGUGUCCCUGUUUUUCACCUGUGGGCAGAAUCCACAGUUGUCUCAACAAGCUCUAAGUGCCUAUGCACAAUCUGAGAAAGUGGACAGAGCUGCCUCUUGUUACCCGGAGCUGCAUUUCAACCGAGCCACUCUGUUCCAGUACGAGGAGAUGUUUGGGUCUGCCCUCGGCGGCUACAGCCGAGCGGCAGCGCUGGACCCGGGCUGGGAGGAGCCUCCAGAGAGAGAGAAGCAGCUACUGGAAUAUCUGGAGAAAGUCACAGAACUCAUACAGAACAAGGGUAAGGUGAAGGCGCGUCGGUUACGGACCAUGCUCUCUAACCUCAACACGUCGGCUUUGGGUCCCUGCUCCUCCCCUCAGUUUCGUUCCCCCACAGGCCGCGUGGGCAGCCUGGAGCCUCGAACUCUUUCUUCCCUCUCACAUGGUCACAACGCAGGAGUGGCCGCCUUAGGGAAGGUGGUGUUCAGCCUGGCCUCUGAGGGUCGCAUGGCCUUUACGUUCGGUAUGGUGGACAGUGAGGAGACGUGUAUAGUGGUGAUGGUAUACAACACAGCAGACAGCUGGGGCGUCCUGAUAGGAGACACUGUAGUCAUUCCUGAACCUCAGGUCAAACGACACAGUAUAACUCAUAAAGACAAGUCCUUUGACUUCAGAAGUAUACGAGUGGACUCUCCUCUGCUGCUCAUCGUCAACGGCAAGAAACAAAACAUCCAAAGUCAAAUUGCUGCCUCUGUCAGCUACAAGCCUCAGAGUGAAUGAGCUGAGGAGGACCAAGAGGACCAAGUUUUUUUUGCUGGAUAUGGAAGAACAGUUUGGAUAAUUAUGGAAGUUUGAAGAUUCCAAACGUCUGUGCCUGUUUUAUGUGUUGUUUUGUACAUAGAGGCCAACGUGUUACGUUGUCUUUAGAAAGACAGCUUGUUUAUAUUUAUAAAUAUUUCUUUUUUUUGUAUUCUUUUGUUGUCGGGACAAUAUGGAGCUGUUUUUGUGAAGGAAUGAACCUGUGAUGAUGACGAUA